UUAAACUUCAGGAACAAAUGGGUCACCGCUUCUCCAAGCGUGGGCUGUCGAGCACAGACAACCUGCCCUCAGGCCAUUUUUCGGGCAGUGAGGAGGCUCCUCCACAUUACUCCUCUUACAGUAAUGGCAUCGAUACAGUCAUCACUGUGGAUUCACCCACACGGAGAUCAUCUGAAGUUCUGAACUCACGACAGGACAGCAGACGACCCUCCAUAUACAGCACCAUCGACGCAAUGCCACAUCUGGAGUUUUAUGCCAACGCCACCGCCACAGGGCGCAUCCGCCGCAGCCGGCCAUCCCUCGAGACGCUGCGCAAAGUCUACGAUAAUGGCGAAUGCGGCGUUAACUCAGGCGACUCCUGCGCGGGAAGCAUUACAGCGCUACAAGAGACUGAAAACAAGUCUGAGGAAAAUGGAGAAACUGCAAAGAAGUCUGAGCCCGUUCGCUUCGGAUGGGUCACUGGGGUCAUGAUUCGCUGUAUGCUGAAUAUCUGGGGCGUCAUUCUGUUCCUGCGCUUGUCCUGGAUCACAUCUCAAGCAGGAAUCCUUCUGACGUGGUUAAUUAUACUGAUGUCUGUCCUUGUGACGUCCAUCACGGCGCUGUCUGUAUCUGCCAUUUCCACCAAUGGGAGAGUCUCUUCUGGUGGCGCGUACUUCAUGAUCUCCCGAACUCUAGGACCAGAGCUUGGAGGGCCCAUCGGUGUGGUGUUUUCUUUCGCUAACGCUCUUGCCUGUGCGCUCAACACAGUGGGGUUUUCGGAGACGGUCAGAGAUCUCCUCGUUGAGAAUAACUCUCAAAUGGUGGAUUCAGUCAACGAUGUCCGAAUUAUAGGAUCCAUCACUGUCACCGCGCUGCUGCUUAUCUCAUUGGCUGGGAUGGAGUGGGAAUCUAAGACUCAGAUCCUGUUCUUCUUGGUCCUCAUGGUUUCCUUCACCAACUAUUUUGUCGGCUCUGUGAUUCCAGCGACACCGCAGAAGCAGUCAAUUGGUUUCUUCAGUUACCGCAGCGAGAUCUUUGUGGAAAACCUCUUUCCAGACUGGAGAGGACCAGACGGAGACUUCUUCCGAAUGUUUGCCAUCUUUUUCCCAUCCGCCAUCGGGAUCCUCGCUGGAGCAAACAUCUCAGGAGAUCUGAAGGAACCGGAGAUUGCCAUCCCUAGAGGAACACUGAUGGCCAUUUUCUGCACCACCAUAAGUUAUCUGGCCAUCUCUUCAACUGUUGGUGCAUGUGUGCUGCGUGACGCCUCCGGAAACAUGAGUGACAGUCUGACGCUGAAUUUCACGGAGGCGUGCGACUCUCUGAGCUGCUCUCUGGGCUGGAACUUCACUGAGUGUCAGCAGAGCGGCUCCUGCUCUUAUGGCCUCUCCAACAGCUUCCAGGUUCUGGUCCAGGUCUCUGGCUUCGGUCCUUUGAUUUACGCAGGUAUAUUUGCAGCCACCCUGUCGUCUGCUCUCGCGUUCCUCGUCUCCGCACCCAAAAUCUUCCAGUGUCUCUGUCGGGAUAACAUCUACCCAUACAUCGGCUUCUUUGGAAAGGGUUAUGGGAAAAACAGUGAGCCGCUGCGUGCUUAUCUGCUCUGCUACAUCAUAGCAAUGUGCUUCAUUCUGAUUGCUGAACUGAACACAAUCGCUCCUCUGAUCUCCAACUUCUUCCUCUGCUCUUACGCUCUGAUCAACUUCAGCUGUUUUCACGCUUCCAUCACCAAUUCACCAGGAUGGAGGCCGUCAUUUCGCUAUUUCAGCCCCUGGACGGGUUUAUUCGGCGCAGCGAUAUCUGUGGUGCUGAUGUUCCUCCUCACCUGGUGGGCUGCGCUCAUCUCUUUAGCCUUGAUCAUCUUCUUAUUUGGCUACGUGGCCUAUAAAAAACCAGAGGUGAACUGGGGCUCGUCUGUUCAGGCCAGCACCUACAACAUGGCUCUGUCCUACUCUGUGUCUCUGGCCGGAGUUGAAGAUCACGUCAAAAACUACAGGCCUCAGUGUCUCGUUCUGACCGGUCCUCCGACUCUCCGUCCUGCACUGGUGGAUUUUGUGGGCUCUUUCACCAAAAAUGUCAGUUUGAUGAUCUGUGGAGACAUUCUCAUGGAGGAUGAGAAGUCCAUCAUGUCUGAGUGUAACACUAAUGAGAUGCUGAAGUGGCUCAAUCAGAGGAAAGUUCGCUCCUUCUACACAGCCUUCAGAUCGUCCAGUCUGAGAGAAGGAGCUCGCCAUCUUCUGCAGGCCUCUGGUUUGGGAAAGCUGAGGCCAAAUAUACUGGUGAUGGGAUUCAAAAUAAACUGGCAGGAGAGCAACAGUCCAGAUAUCGAGGACUACAUAAACACUAUAUAUGAUUCUUUCGACUCCAACCACGGCGUGUGUGUCCUCCGCAUGAUGGACGGACUGGACAUCCGAGACGAGUUACAGACUGAAGUCAAUCCAGUCUUUGAGCCGGAUGAACCCAUCGAGUUUGAUCAGCAGAAUUCAGACUCUGAUUCAGACGUGGACAACACAAAGAACACUGCGAACGAUCAGAUCAAAACAGUGUUUCAGACCAAACAAGGGAAGAAGACCAUUGACGUGUACUGGAUCUCUGAUGAUGGAGGUUUGACUCUGUUAGUGCCGUAUCUGUUGACCAGAAGAAAACGCUGGAGACGGAGCAAAGUCAGAGUGUUUAUUGUUGGAGAACAGACAACUAUGGAGGACGACCGCGAAGAAAUGAAGACUUUGCUCCAGCGUUUCCGACUGGACGUUCAUGAUGUGAUUGUGAUGACGGACAGCAAACGACAACCGCUUGCUAAAAACAUGCAGCGUUUCGAGGACACUGUCGCCCCCUUCAGGCUGAAUGAUGCACAGCUGGACGAGCAGACGGCACAGCAGCAGAGAAGAGAGAACCCAUGGAAAGUCACGGACAAACAGAUGGACGCGCUGAGACUCAAGUCGGAGAGGAAAGUGCGUCUGAACGAGAUCAUUCGGAGGAAUUCCAAACACGCCGCUCUGGUUCUAGUGUCUCUCCCCGUCCCGCAGGCUGAUUGUCCCAGCUCUCUUUACAUGGCUUGGUUGGACACGCUGAGCUGCGGUUUACACUGUCCAGUUCUGCUCAUUCGGGGAAACCAGCAGAACGUCAUGACCUUCUACUGCCAGUAAAAACACCAACAGCAGAUUUACAGUUGAAGGCAGAAUUAUAUAACCCCCCUGAUUAUGUUUCCAACACAUUUCUAAUCAUAAUAGCUUUAAUAACUCAUCUCUAAUAACUGAUUUAUUUUCUCUUUGCCAUGAUGACAGCACAUAAUAUUUGACUAGAUAUUCUUCAAGAUACUAGUAUUCAGCUUAAAGUGAUAUUUAAAGGCUUAACUAGGUUAAUUAGGGUAAAGUUAGGGUAAUUAGGCAAGUCAUUGUAUAACAGUGGUUAGUUCUGGAGACAAUCCAAAACUAAUAUUGAUGAAGGGGGCUAAUAAUAUUGAGCUUAAAAUCUAGCAAGCUUUUGUUCUAGCCGAACAAAUAAAACAACUAAGACUUUCCCCAGAAGAAAAAAUAUUAUAGAAAAUACUCUGAAAAUCUCCUGAAUCUGUUAAAUAUUAUUUGGGGAAUAUUUGAAAGAAUAAUAAAUUCACAGGAGGACUAAUUUUGACUUCACUUGUACACACUCUUUCUGGCUCCUUCAUGCCAUACACUACAUUACUUUAUGUUCAUUUUCAUGCACUGGUCAGUUUUGAGAUACCGGGGUUUGAUGAAACAUCCUACAUAUUUUUUUUUUCAUUGUAUUUUCAACUGUAAAUUCACAUCAUUUAUUUUCUCUGCAGAUUUUACACACAUCAGAUUAAUAAACUGUAUCUACUUUCUUUACUGUGGAGUUUGUGCAUGUAACAUUUAGUUGAUCUUUCUUUUGUUUUUGUUUUGUUUUCUGUUUGUUGAUUGUUUUCUGAGUUAUGCAGUGGUAAAAUUAGAUCUCCCAAAUCUCUUCUGUAAAAACCGUUGCUUAAAUAUGGCAGUGAAAUGAAAUGGUUAUUUUGAGCCGGGCUUUUAUACAAUUAUUCGAAUUUAUCUUCUGGAAAUUUCUGCAAAGUAGUCCAUCUUUAACUAGAUAAAGGUUCAUGUGUGUAUUUGAAUGUAAUAUUUCAGAAAAAAAAAAAAGUUUUGCAUUCCUAAUGUAAUCAAUUAAACA